AUGGAACAUCUUCCAGAAAGAGUGGCAGCCUUUGAUUCGCUGACCUUUCGUUAUAUGUCCAUGCAUCCUUAUGGUGCAAGGGGAACUCUGAGGCGGAAACGCGAGUUCACACCAGAUGAGAAAAAGGACACUGUGUACUGGGAAAAGAGGCGGAAGAACAAUGAAGCGGCCAGGCGUUCCCGAGAAAAGAGGCGCUUUAAUGAUUUUGCGAUAGAGAACCAGGUGGCCGCUCUCCAGGAAGAGAAUCUGCACCUCCGUCUGGAGCUCCUGCACCUGAAGGCCCGCUUCGGCCUCCUUAACCGCACCCCAGAAAUGCCGAGCACCCAAGUUCACUCCCUCCUUCGCAUGGAAGAUGCAUGUUGGUUUAGCGCUCCGAAGGCUGCGGAAGACCCGAUGGAAUGCAUGGCACUGAACCCUACAAAUUUCAUGUACCUAUCGAGGGAGUUCUUUGCUUCUGACAUACCCUUGCUGUACAAUAUGAGUUCCCCACCAGCGAAGAGUUUCAAGGAGUGUUCAUUCUUCCAUCCUGCCUUAUCCCCAACGUUCUUCAACUACUGCCUCUUCCGUAAUUGCUCCAGUCCCUUCCCGACAUUCCAGGACUCCUUUUUACCAACCAUGUUGCCAAACACAGCCGAGACAGGGAAGCAAAGCCCUGGAAUUACUUCAAGCAUUGGAGAAGGGCCAGAAGUGAGCAAAUUUCCCUCCCACGAAUUGCUCCAAACUUCAGAAACCUUCCCAUCCAUCCUCAGUCACUCUGCCUUGCCUCAUAAACUUAGGAUUAAAACAAAAUAUUUCCCUUUCUGGAACAACGGAAACAUUGAUGGUCAUCAUAAAGGUGAAUAA